CUAAUACAUACAACCAGUAACCAUCGCCACGAUGAAGUUGUUCUCCUUCGUCCUCACGACAAUCCUUUCUAUCAGCAGCCUCGUCGCCGCUGUGACUCCUGGUACCUGUACCGGCACCUGCCAGGGAUAUUCCCAUGACCCCGCCAUCAUACGCCGUACCAGUGAUGGUACUUAUUUCCGCUUCAGCACCGGCGGCAAGAUCAACAUUGCCACCUCGUCCUCCCUUCAGGGACCUUGGACACUGAAGGGUGCCGCUAUCCCGGCCGGUUCUAAGAUCGGAAUCUCGGGCUCAUCCGAUCUGUGGGCUCCCGAUGUCACCGGCCCCAUCAGUGGCUACUAUUAUCUGUACUACUCCGUCAGCACUUUCGGCAGCCAAGUUUCCGCUAUCGGUGUUGCUCGUUCAACCACCAUGGACUACGGCAGCUGGGAAGAUCUCGGUGCGACUGGAAUCGCCUCCCAGGCCGGCAGUGCCUACAAUGCCAUCGACGGCAACCUCGUCAGCACCUCGAAUGGUUACUACAUGACCUUUGGCAGUUUCUGGGGCGAUCUCUACCAGGUCGCUAUGGCGACCCCUCCCACCUCGGUGCGAUCCGGCUCCACCUCCUACCAGGUUGCCUACAACAGCACCGGCAGCCAUGCCGUCGAGGGAGGCUUCGUCUACGCGCAGGGUAGCUACUACUACCUUUUCUUCAGCGCCGGAGUGUGCUGUGGAUACGACUCGAGCCGUCCGGCUCAGGGUGAAGAGUACCGCAUCAACGUCUGCCGUUCGACCGCUGUCGGUGGACCAUACGUUGACGCCAGUGGACGCUCAUGCACCAGUGGAGGAGGAACCACCGUCCUGCAAAGUCAAGGAUGGCUCUACGGCCCCGGUGGACAGGGUGUCUACACCGAUCCUAGCCUCGGCUCUGUUCUUUACUACCACUACGUCAACACGAAUGUCGGAUACGCUGAUGGUCAAAAGACUUUCGGAUGGAGCGUGCUCAGCUUUAGCACUGGAUGGCCGGUG